CAGUCUUAAGCCCCGAGCAAUGUUUGAAGGUCCUUGGACGUUGGGAAAAGGAUGGCCCCACUGAAGAAGAAAAAAACGAAUUCGCAAUUACAGUUCUCGCUCAGCUGAGCAAGUCCGACCAAACCAAUAAAUUUCAAAAAAAUAUCAGCCAAAUAGCUAACUCGGCCAUGAGCAUCGACAAGACUCUUAGGGAGCUGCAACCAAGGAUCAUGAUUAUGACCUCUUUGUUCCCCUCAGCUUCUGUUUCCUAUCAACAAUGGGUAGAUUUCCAGCAGCGUUGGAGGAUGUGUCUGCGUCACUCGUGCAAAGUGGCAGCUGAAAAUGUCCAUAUUCUUAGACGUUUUGAUACGGUUUACCUUGCGAGGGUGGAAAAUAUUCGGACCGAGCAAGAUCGUAUUGCGGCUAUCCAAGCAUUAGAGUCAUUCAUUGACGAACUUGAAAAGAAUGAUAACUCUGUUCAAAUGUCCCAAGAAUUUCUGACACUUAAACGUGAUAUUGCGGACUUCAUAGGCAAAUUUACUCACCAGGCGUCAGACUUGGCGACCCAGUUGCUUAAAUCAAUUGCGCUCCUGGAAGACCAGAUUAAAUCCGCGCUAAGAACAAUUGCAAUCAUCGGUGGGGGCCUCCUGGAAGGCCUUGGAUCGGGUACUAGAGCUUCUAGAGUCGCUGCCUCGCUCAACACACAACGUGAUAAGGAAGCAGAAAGCUUCAGAGAUGUGCAGCUCAUGCUCGCAACCCUGAAUACGCUGGAAGCGCCCCAUCUUCAAUCUCAGCUCAGGGGUCAUCAGCAUGAGGAACCAAACAUCAGUCUGAUGCUCGAAAGGCUGGUUGUAUUCGCCGAAAUAUGGUCUUCCGUUCGAAGCCAGGCUGUCCAGUUCCGUGAACAUCUCAAAGGUGGGAUGAAAGCAAGCACAAAUAUGAGGUUCAAAAACGAAGUUAAGGUUGCGAGGGCUGUAUGUAAACCUCUAAUGGAGGGUCUGGCAGAGUUUAAGGCCAGACUGGAGGGCUGGAUUUUCAAGUAGGCGGGCUAAUGAUGUUCCAUGAAAUGUCGUAAUUUCAACGUAGUGUCCUUUUUGGCCAACCAAAUUAUUGAUAUGACAGUCGACAUC